AUGGCUGCUCAAACAAAACUAAUUAUGAUUACAACAAAUGCCGAUGUUAUUCGACAGUUUUCUUCGAAUACGGUUCCAAACACAAUUAUUAUUGAUUUGAAUAAUUGUCAACAAGUCCGUUCAAAAACAAAUGCUAAUGAUAUUGAUUUAUCUUUUCUGGAACAAUUAACUCAAUUUAAUUCAAACAACAAUGAUGAAGAAUGUCAACGGAUACCAACUGUAGUUAAACAUAAACUAUCAAAAAAAUCAGAUGAUUUAAUUUGUACAAUUUGUGGAGCUCAAGCCACUGGAUUUAAUUAUGAUGUUCUUUCAUGUGGUUCCUGUAAAAUUUUUUUCUAUCGUCAUGCCCAUCGAGAUUUAAAAAAAUUGAAAUGUUUGACAGGACAAGGCCAAUGUUUAGUUACAUAUAAACUGCGUCGUAAUUGUCCACGAUGUCGAUUGGAUCAAUGUUUAGCAAUGGGAAUGAAAAAGGAUUUUCUCUAUAGUAAAGAAAAAACACAACGAAGAAAACAACGUCUUGAUCAAAAUCGAGUUAAAACUACAAAACAUUCAUCAUCUACAUCACAACAUGUCUCUAUUUCAGAAACUGUGUUAAAAACUUCGAAUAGAAUNGAUCCAUGGUAA